AUGAGCAUUGGGGUCGGCAUUGUAAACCCAGAACAAAAUGCACAGCUCAAUUCACUGACAUGCUGAGAAACAAUAGAUUCAUCCAUGCAGAACCACUGCUGAGCCAAGAGCUACAAAACACUGAAUGAAACACAGCCGAGGGACACAGGUUAGGACAGAUUGAUCACUUUGAUACACAAGCUUAUAGGACAAGAGAUAUUACAGCAAAUAUGACAUCACAUUCAGUUUUUGACUUUACUGUGGAGACACUGGAGGGGAAGACUUCUCCACUCAGCAUCUACAGAGGAAAAGUUCUUCUCAUUGUAAAUGUGGCGACCUUCUGAGGGUCCACCAUUGAAGAGUAUCACAAGAUGAAUGCACUUAUGAAGAAGUUUGAAGGCCAAAACUUCAUCAUCCUUGGGUUUCCUUGCAAUCAGUUUGGACUACAGUCACCUGAGGAAAACCAUGAAACCCUAAAUGUUUUGAGGUGUGUGAGACCAGGAGGAGGUUACACACCAGAGUUUCCCAUCUUCAGUAAGAUUGAGGUGAAUGGCGAUAAUGAGAGUCCUCUGUAUGUCUUUCUAAAGGAAUCUCUUCCAUUUGUAAACCCUGUCAUCGGAGACAUCAAGAAACUUUACUGGUCUCCCAUUAAAGUCAAUGACAUUCGAUGGAACUUUGAGAAGUUCCUCAUCAAUGCAGACGGAGUUCCUUACAAACGGUAUGACCUUCAUUGUCCUUUUGAAGAAGUGGAGCAAGAUAUUGCAAUACUCCUGCAAAGAAACCGCACAUCAUAACACAUAACACAAGUAUCUCAUUCAUCUUGCAAUCACACAGAUGCUGUUUUGACGCUAUCAACUGUUUGUCUGGAUCAAAAUAUGACUGGGGAGCUUUCUUGACUUACUAUUUAAGAUUCAUCCCUAUACAGUGUUAUACAGUCAGACUCAUCAAUGUCUAAAUACCAGACUUCUCAGGAUUGCAGACCACUGUGCAAAACAAAGUUUUAUGCAUGUAAUAAAGGACACAUGUACACUUCUGUAAAGAGUGACUCUUCUUCAGUGAGGUGGCACAGUGACGAUCCCUCAGGAAACUUCACAGAAGCUGAGCUGGAUCUGAACAGGACAGGACCAAAUCUGAUAUUUAGUGCAUUCAAUCAGAUCUUCUCUUGACCUGAGACCGCCCACUGAGAGAAGAGCCCCGCCCAAUACCUCAAUGACGUCAUCAUGACACCUGUCAGAACAAUAAAGAUGUCUAUAAGAACUAUAUUUAAUGUCGUGUAGAUUUAUUUCGGUGUUGUGGGAAAGAGAAAAUAAGAAUUUCUUAUGCAAUUAAUUUUAAGUGCACAAAUAAUUACAGUUAUUAGUUUGUUAAAUAACUUGUAUAAAUUGUGUCGGUCUGAUCAAAUAUAAAAAAAUCAAACUAUCCAUUUGUUGAGCACAUUGCAUUGUGGGACACCGUACUCAUAUCUAAAUACUGCUGAAAAAAUAUGGACAAUAUGCUGAGAUUUGAGAGUACUGUUGAUGCUAUUUAUUCUUCACUAGAUGGCAGUGUUGGGCAGUCUGAAUACUGAACAGCUAAAAUAUUUGCUUUGUUCCUUUAAGUUUUAGAAACAAAUCUAACAAAAACAAAAGUAAAGCUGUGAUUAUCAAAAUGCAAUAUAAGGUUAAACAUGUAUAAUAGUUGCUAUGUAGAAUUCAUUAUGUUUAAAUUAUGUUAUAGGAAAAAAAUUAAGUAAUUC